AAAUAACAAAUACCUUUCACAUUAUUGUUGUUCAGUCAGAAAUAUACUGGGUAGAAACAUUCUAAAUUAACCCAUCAUGGUCGCAAAGAAAGUUCUUAUCGUCCUCUCGGACGCAAGCUCUUUUCCCCUCUACAACACAGGCAGCGAUGGCAAAACAGUCUCGCAACCCUCCGGUUACUUCCUUAUGGAACUCGCCAAGCCGCUCCAAAAGGUCCUUGACGCUGGCUACGAAGUCACCUUUGCGUCGCCAGAAGGCAAGGAGCCCACGCCAGACCCGCUCAGUGUAUCCCUCGCGGCUUUUGCUGGCAACUACUACGAAAAGCAGCGCGAACUUGAUUUGAUUGAGCGCAUGAAGAAGGAGAAUGGAUUUUCGAGGCCGAAAAAGUUCUCAGAGAUCAGCGAUGACGAUUUGAAGAGUUACAGCGGCGUCUUCAUCCCCGGUGGCCACGCCCCCUUGUCGGACCUUGGAGACAACCCAGAGCUCGGACGCAUACUCACACACUUUCACUCUGCCCAAAAGCCUACCGCAGCUCUCUGCCAUGGGCCCUGGGCCUUUCUAUCAACCAAGUACACACCAAACAAGGCCGAAUUUGCGUACAAAGGCUACAAGAUGACGAGUUGGUCUGAUGCAGAGGAGAAAUUUAUGGAGACGAUAAUGAGAGGCGAGAUUGAUAAGGUGGAAUUUACAUUGCGAGAGGAGGGCGCCGAUAUGCAGGAAGGCAUUGCGAAGAGUAUGGGAAGCAUUACGGUGGAUAGAGAGCUCAUCACAGGUGACAACCCAAUGUCAGCGAAUGCGAUUGGAGACAAGUUUGUUGAGAUGAUGGCUGCCAAGUAAAGGUCGAACAUAGCUCGGAACAAACGGUUAGCACCGAAUGAUAUCAGGACAUGGAAAUUCGAUAAAUCAUGCAGUCUCAA